AGUCGUUCAACUGUAUCCUCGAUAGUUACAUCUGAACCGAAUAUCGCUGGGCGCAACCACACACACAAUGUCUCUGAAAUCAGCGUCUAGCCUCCUGGACGGAGCCACUGAAAAUCCAACAACUGUAGCCGACUCUUUACUCACCAGUGCCGUACCAACGACACAACGACAGGCGAAACAGCUUGGUGCGACCGCUACCAAAUCCACGAGUCUAACAACGCCUGGCGAGUUUCCAGGAGAAAAAACGCAAGACAAUGCCACGGUACAAGACACAUCGUCGGGUCCGUGGUAUGCACCAAUGACCGCGUGGUUCCGCGACGUCAUCCCAAGCACAUUGGACUGGUUCGAAGGCACUGUGAAAUGGCUACUUGCCUGGAUAUUUCCUCCUCCUCGCCAAGCAGCGCUCUUCGAAGCUGCACUGCGAAGGCCGUACGCGAUAUCAUUCCUCGUCUGUCAGCUCAUCUGCUGUGGAGUGCCGUUCCUUGUCUUUUUAGCUGGUACAUUCGUGUUUGCUGCGGUAGCCGCACUGUUGUGGGCUAUACUAUCAUUUGUCAUAUUGGGACCAAUCUUCCUGGUCGCUAGCAUGAUGGGCGUAUACCUCUGGAGCUGGGGCUUGGUGUUGUAUGCCGUCAUUAAAUGGGUGGACGGCACGUUCCUGAGUGGAGUGAUUAGCAAGUUCUGGCUUUCACAAGUGCCACCGAAGGACCAGCCCCAGGAUGUUCAGGAGGACCGCGACGAAGGAACAAAAGGAACGAAUUGAAAGCACACUGGAUCAGAGCGAACUAUAUAUCAGGAGAAGAUUGCGCAGCGAUCGGGAAACGACGUCAACCACCCCGGCGUCGACAUGCGGUUUGCAUAUAACCAUUUCUAUUCUUGCUUAUGGUCUUAUACUUUGCUAUUGUAAUCCUUCGUACAUAAUAGCAUUUCCCAUUAUAUGUCUCAAUGAAUAUAAUUGACUCACGAUGAAUGGUGAAAUCGACGGGCAGCCAUGGAGUCACCUGAAUGCCAAUUGGUAACAGACAAUCAAACUAGUGGCGUGGUUAGUGCUUGAAACAAAAUGGCUGAUGGCAUGUCGCUGGAUCCAUUGUGUCUGUCUCUUUGCUCGCUUAUCUUGGUGGCAACAUUGGGGCUGGUUAAGGCAAACUAUUCAUCUCAAGCGAUAUGCGAUUUACACGAUGGAGCUCUGCUGUUCGUAGGUACACUAGUCGACUUUCUGGUGCUAUUUAAAGUCUACGCGGAAUCUGGAAUCUUGGCUGAAUCGCGACGUUAACAUUGAAUCCUAAGGCAGGAAAGCGCAAGCAGUAUUCACUGAGAAGGUAAGUGCCUGACGGGACAACCUUAGUAGUUAUUCUGAAUGUCCAAUAUUCGACGCAUUCGCCGACUGAUCCGAGUGAUAACUGUUGAAAAUUGGUGCAGGAUGGUCAAG